AUAAAUGAUUGCUGUAGAUCAACAAUAGAUUGUCUUUAUUUCAAUUCAAUCAUAACUGUUAGCAAUGCAAGAUCAAAGCAAAGAAAACACUAUAGAAGACAAUCAACCCACAUCCAUUUGUUCUACAGUUGCUCAGCCAGAAAACAAAAGUCGAUUUGAUUUUAUGCAACAUUGGCACAAGACUGUGAUAGGCGAUAUCUAUAAAGACGAUGAUCCAAGGCAGUACUCAAUCAAGAAAAAAGCUAUGAUCACGCUUAUUGUUGGAGUAAGUGGUGUGAGCGGUCCUCUAGGAACAAUGAUUUAUUUGCCUGGUCUUUCCCAAAUCUCUAGCGAAUUGCACGCCUCUCUACCUGAGACUGACGCCACUGUAGCUGUAUACCUAGCUCUGCUGGGGAUUGCUCCUUUGUUUUGGGCAAGUAUGAGUGAUCUUUAUGGAAGAAAACCAAUGUAUAUAUAUAGCCUUGUCAUUGGUAUUGUGGCUUCUAUUCUAUGUGCUAUUUCUCAUAAUAUUCCAACAUUACUUGUAUUUCGUGCAAUACAAGCAUGCGGAUCAAGUUCCGGACAGACGCUAGGUGCCGGUGUCAUUGCCGAUACGUUCGAUGUGUCAGAGCGUGGUAAAGCCUAUAGUAUUUUUUAUUUAGGACCACUCUUGGCUCCUGUCUUAUCUUCUGUUGUUGGAGGCAUCCUUUCACAAUUCUUAGGGUGGAAAUCCACGUUUUACUUUCUAGCUAUUUUGGGUGGUGUCUUGUUAUUUUUAGUUACCUUUUUUCUACCUGAAACCUUACGUAAAAAACGAGAAGAAGAAAAAACAAUUUCAUCUGAUAGUGAGCAAUUGUCCCUGAAGGAGAAAAGUGAGCAUUUCAAAGUUCUCAAAAAUAUAAAGAAGGCAUUUAUACCUAUGCUACUUAUGCUGCGAGAUCCUACCGUACUAAUGAUCACUAUUUACAACACAGUCAUUUUUGCAUCUCUCUAUUUUUUGAAUCCUACUAUUACUGAUACUUUUGAGAACGCGUAUCACUAUUCAUCUUUACAAAUUGGUCUAUGCUAUCUUGCUCUUGGCGUUGGUCUGAUCGUUGGCUCUAUAUCUAGUGGAAGAUACUCUGAUUAUGUUCUCAAGAAACUCAAGGAAGAAAAUGGUCCUGACGGUAUAUAUCCCGAACUAAGAAUUCAAGCCGCCUAUCCUUCUUUCGCCUUGAUUCCUGCUGGCUACUUGAUUUAUGCUUGGACUACACAGUAUCAUGUAGCUGUUUAUGCGCCUCUCAUUGGCCUUUUUAUUUAUGCUGUGGGUCAAAUGACAGCUUCCACACCCACUUCUGUUUAUCUUGUAGACUCAAAGCCAGGAAGAUCAGCAAGUGCCAUUGCAAUCAAUAAUUGCGUUCGAUGUGUUAUUGCUGCCAUUACUACUAUUUUCUCAAGCUCCAGUGUAAAAGCUAUUGGUCCGGGUAUCCUAUUCACUAUCCUUGCUGGUAUCAACAUGCUGAAUAUCAUAACUGUACUACUUGUUAGAUUUCAAGGAAGAAAAUGGAGAACUCGUUUUGAAAUGAAAAUAAAAGCCACUGGGCAAGCUAAAGGAGACGAAGAAACAGGUCUUCCACCACUCACUGUUGUCAAUUCUCGAAUGAGUGCAGUAUAGAUUUCAACAAAUACUUUACUA